ACUCCAGCCCCCCCAGUGCUAGUUUUUAUUACCACUGUCCUAAUGAGACUUCACAAAUCAUGGGCUAUCAAAGAAGAGCAUGUGAUCAUUCAGUCUGAAUUCUAUAUGAACCUUGAUGAAGCAGGAGAGUUUAUGUUUGACUUUGAUGGUGAUGAAAUUUUCCACGUGGAUCUGGGAAAGAGGGAGACUGUAUGGCGACUUGAAGAAUUUGAACAUUUUGCCAGCUUUGAGGCUCAAGGAGCAUUGGCCAAUCUAGCUGUGGUCAAAACCAACCUGAACAUCAUGAUGCAACGCUCCAACCACACCCCAAACAGCAAUGUACCUCCAGAGGUGAGUGUCAUUUCACAAACACCCGUUAAACUGGAUGAACCUAAUGUCCUCAUCUGUUUCAUUGACAAGUUUUCCCCACCUGCGCUCACUGUCACCUGGCUUAAAAAUGGAAAACCAAUAACCAUAAAAGUGUCAGAGACAGUGUUCUUGUCCAGAGAUGACCAACUUUUCAGAAAAUUCCAUGACCAUGACCUUACCUUCCUUCCCUCAAAUGAGGAUGUCUAUGACUGCAAGGUGGAGCAUUUGGGUUUAGAUGAACCUCUUGUCAAGUACUGGGAGUUUGAAGCACUCACCCCCUUACCAAAGACAACAGAAAAUGUGGUGUGUGCCUUGGGCCUGAUUGUGGGUCUGAUGGGUAUCAUUUUGGGGACCAUCCUUAUCAUUAAGGGAGUCUGCAAAGGCAAUGCUGUUGACCAUCAAGGACUUCUGUAA